UAUUGGCCUGGAUAACCUUGUCUCUCUCAAUAUAUCCUAUAACAAGUUCACUGGAUUCCUCCCCGAUAACAAGCUCUUCCGGCAGCUUCCUUUAGCAUCUAUGGAAGGCAAUGAAGGGCUGUGCUCGGUCAGGAAAGACUCGUGUUUCACGAGCAGUGGUGUUGGCUCGGAACUUUCAGAUUCCAAGAAUGAAGUAAAGAAAGCUAGAAUUCUUAAAAUAGCCAUUGCUUUGCUUAUUGUUAUGACAGUUGCAAUGGUGAUAAUGGGGAUUUUUGCUGUGGUUCGAGCACGAAGAACCGUAAAGGAUGAACAGGAUUUGGAGUUGGGUCAUAUUUUCGCCCGAGAUUGAGACACAUUGUCCCCUUUCCCCCUCCUGAGAUAGGAGAUAAUCACCACCAACAACAUAACCUUAGUCCCACCUUGUUUCGGGGUCACCUAUAAUGAAUUGUCAAAAGAAUUUGUCUCCGUAACAAAUGAAACAUGAAAAGUAAAAAAAUAAGUCAUAGAAGUAAACAAAGAAAAAUUAUAUUUUCUUUGUUUCAAUUGGCUUUUUUAUUUUGUUUUUGGUUUUUUUAGUAUUUGUUGUUCUACUGUUCUCAUUCUUCCUUUUUGCUGGCCACCGUUUUGUUUUGUAAAUGGUAAUUUGUUAUGUAGCUGAACUUCUGCUCUUGCCUAUAGUAUUCAGAUAAGGGCAUGAAGUCGGUUAAUAAAAGUCGACAUUUUCAAAUUAAUGCUUUCCAGCAGCAGCUUGGGCAAUUGGUCAGGAUUUCAGAACAUUCUUCUUCAAGUAUUGAUAUUAGAAGAGAUGGAGAUGAUUCAGCAGUGUCAUCUGUACAGGCUCCUGAAACUAUCAAGAUCAACUCGCUAACCAAAUAUAGAAGUAGGCGUAAAGUGGACAAAUCUCAUAUUCAAAGGUCGAACUUUUUUGGUAAUGAACAAUCUAACGCAUCUGGGCUGCUAUACCAUGAUAAAACAGUUUACCUCAAGGAAAGGCUUUGUAGUUGCGUAAUUAAUGACUACAUGAUGCAUGAAUUGCUGUGCUAUUCUCUGAAUUAUGUAGUAUAUAUUGGAUGUACUCUAGGUGUGGAGGUGUAGAAGAUGCUCGAAAAAUUAUAAAGAAAUCUGGGAUAUCCAAUCUCAAUGUGAUAGCAUUCACAGCUUUGAUGGAUGGCUAUGUGAAGCUUGGUGAUGUUAGUCCUGCAAGAGAGAUAUUUGACUCGUUAAAAGACCGCGAUGUGGUUGCUUGGACAGCAAUUAUAGUAGGCUAUGAGUAGAAUUAGGGGCUGCAAUUAUUAGCUAGUUGUUUAUACUUGUGU